CGACGCGCGGGCGGCCACGGGCGCCAACGUCUCACCUGUGAGCUGUGACCUUUCCCCCCUGUUCCUCAGAUCUUUGGAUUCUCCGUCCCUCCGUCUGAUGAUCUCUGCGCCUCUGCGGGUGUCGGCGCCGAAGGCUGCCGUCGGGGGUGGGUCGUUCCUGUUCGGCGGCGCGUCCUACGUCGAUUCCAAGCCCAGCAAGAUCAAGAUCCGGUGCGCCGCGGCGGCGGCGCCGGCGGUGGGGAGGGGGGGCGCUGCUGCUGCUGCCGCCACGCUGUACGAGGUGCUGGGCCUGCGCGCCGGCGCGACGGGCAGGGAGAUCAAGGCCGCGUACCGGCGCCUGGCGCGGGAGCGGCACCCGGACGUGGCGCCCGCGCCCGGCGCCGCCGCGGAGUUCGUCCGCCUCCACGACGCCUACGCCACGCUCUCCGACCCGGACACCCGCGCGCGCUACGACCGCGGCGCCGUGGCCGUGGCGCAGCGCCCGUGGAGCGGCGGCGGCGGCGGCGGCCGGCCCCGCCGCACAUGGGAGACGGACCAGUGCUGGUAGAAGAGAGCCUCGAGUCUAGACACACGGGCCGGGCAGAGCGCCCACGCCGUUCUUGUCUGUCUGCAGAGUAGUUAGGACCUCCCUCCCUGCCGCCAGCCAUGCGGCCAUGGCGGCUCACCGUGGAUUUUUUUUUUUUUUUUUUUUUUUUUUUUUUUUUUGUAUUGGUGGCCAUCCAUGUAGUGUGAUUUCGUUUUCCUUCUUCGUGUAUGAUCUUGAGAAGGGAUUGCGAACAAAUUGACCUAUGUAAAUACUAGUAUCGUUGAGAGGUUUGAAGGAAGCAGCCCUGCCUCUGUUAAA